GAGGAGGGGAGAGAGGGAGGGGAGGAGGGGAGAGUGGAGCUAUUGGGUGAUAUGGAGGAAGGGGGGAGACAGACACCUCCAAUAGACACCCCCAUCAAACCUUCACCCUCAACCCCACCCUCAUCCAUAUCUUCACCCAUACCCUCAACCCCUACACCUACCAACCCCCUAGAAAGACAGCAGCAGAAUGGUUCCCAGGACCUAGGCCCAGACUCCAAACCCCCCUUCAAGUUUGUCAGUUCUCUGUCCAUCUCCUUUGAUAAGAGUCCCUCCCCCAGUGGGCAUACAAGUCCCAUGAGCCCCCAUUCUCCCACAACACCGCUGUCCCCCGCUAGAGGAGCUCACAGCCCCACCCACUACGGACACACAGAGGGCAGUGUGAAUGGAUCCUCUGUUAGUUUGGAGCAGACAGCCAGACCAGCCUUCGCCAGACAGAGCUCUAGGACUGUCUCCUUCAGGAUGCUGAGGAAGAAAGAGGAGGAAAGCAUGCCUUUACAGAGGAGUGCCAGCGUCCGGAUGGCCUCCAAGACAUUUGAACCCAGUAGCUCUGACCAAACUGAGGAGCAGGACAAAGCAUCACCUUUCCAAAGGAAUUCCAAACAGAGGGUGUCAUCCCGUUCCAUCCAGGAGAAGAUGGAGAAACUGGCCCAUGCAGCUCAGAAGUCUGAGUCUCUGCGUCCCCCCGACAUUGCCCAGAGGACCCUGUUCCUGCUGGAUGAGGUUUCGAAGAAGAGAUGCCUAUUUGAAAAGGAUCAGGCAGCCGCUCCGUGCAGCUCUGGGGUUCUCAGACAGGAACCUCGCAGAUUCGCGUCUGGAAUCUCCGACCGCAUCAACCGCUGGGUCAGCAAGACCAACAGACCUGGUGGCUCUGCCCACAAACCCAUGGAUCUGCAUCAUGUUAAUAUACCCUGUAAGCGGAGUGCGUUUGAGAGUGCAGGGGAGGACAGCUCUCCUAACCCAAACCACCACACCAAGAUCGAUAAGUGAAGAAGGACUCAAUGUAAACCUUCAUUUUACAGUUCAAAAGUACAUACAGCUUGAGGUAGGGAGAAAGAAAGAUGUGGAGGAGGGGAGGAAAGGAGAGGUUAGAGGCAGGUGAUUAUUUCAACACUUUUAAAGGUGACUGACCCUAGCCUGAUUCAGGGAAUUUUGGGAUUGUAAUUUUAAUAAGGUGAAUCUUUCUGUACUGCCAUAAAAUGACUCUAAUAGCUAUGCCAAUGCUCUCUUAAUCUGUCUCAAACCUAACCCUAAUCGUACCAUAUUAAAUCCCAUACCCCCUAACCCCUAAACAUAACUCCUAAGAAUGUGUCUAACCUUUAACCCUAAAUAAAACAUUUAAUAUCAACACUUUA